AUGGCUUCAGACGCCAAGCCCGAACCCCAGCCCACCGAGGAGAAGAAACCAGAACAAAAGACCACCGCGCUAGGCGAGGACGACGAAUUCGAGGACUUCCCCGUCGAUGAUUGGCCAGAGGACCAGACCGAGGCCGCCCAGGGAAACGGCGAGACGAAGCACCUGUGGGAGGAAAGCUGGGACGAUGACGACAUGACGGACGAUUUCUCCCUGCAGUUGAAGGAGGAGCUCAAGAAAGUCGAAGCCUCGAAGCGGAGAUAG